AUGGCUGCUUCGGCAAUAAACCAAUAUCAUUACCUAUGUAAGUUAGCCCUCAGAAAACGUAUUGAGCUGAAGGGUUUAACAUCACUCCUGAAAGAACGAACUGAAGAUGAUCUGAGAUACCGAUGGGACGAUAAGGUGCAUGACAUCCAGGAAGCCAGACGGAUUGAAGUCAGUACCGCGAUUCUACACCAGAUGGAAACCGAAUACAAACAACCUUUGGACCUAAGUGACAUGGAAAACGAAGACCACAAAGCGGUUAUUAAACGAAUGGGGAUGUCAGAAGCGAAAGAGUACAACCGGAUUAUCCAGGACAUGAAAAGUAAUCAGAUAAAGCACGACAUAGAAGCUCUAAAGGCGGAAGUGGCCGAAAAGGGCGUCUCGUAUGUCCCUAUAAAUGCAGAUUUGCGCAUCUUGAGAGACGGAACAGAACAUGUUGACAGUCGGGUCCACAAAAUCUGCGAAACAGUACUUGGGAAAAUUGACGCCAUUCUGCAAAAAGAUAUGGCAAUAAAGUACAACCUCCAAACGCCACCGAAGCAUAUAUCAGAACUGGAAAAACGAUUCCUGCGUAGAUUGAGACCAAAGGGAGAACACGACAGCACCUUUUCACCCGUCAUUCUCAGGCUGUUUUGGCUUUGUGCAGAAGAACGUUUGGACGAGCGAAUAAAGAAGUUUCACGAAAACCCGUCCGCUGUGGAGAUAAACAGCGGAGAGCACGGGAAGUACAAGUUUUACUUGAGCAGUCCUAAUGUCCCCAGGCGUCUAAAACAGAAAGCAACUAGCUUCCUUCAUGAAUUGGAACGAGCAGAUCGCAACCCAGAGACGCCAAUGAUAUGA